CAUCGAGUCGAGUUACAGUUCGAGUUAGAACUUAUGACUUGGAAAAUUUGAACUCGAAAAGAGGAGAAAAAGAAAAAAAAAAUUCGAACCCGGAAAAGAUUUAAAUUAAUCUUUCUAAUCUUUACUAUCAUGAUAUCAUCAUCAUUAAAAAUUUACAUUCUUUUAGCAAUUUCUGUUAAUUGUGAAUUAAUUAGUCGCCCUAUUAGACAUACAAUUAAGAAACAAGUGAUUGACUCUGUGAAUCAAAUUGAUUCAAUAAUUGAUUCUGGUGAUGAUAUUUGCCCUCGAGCUCGUGAAGAAGCCGCUGCUCGUGGUAGAGUUUGCUUAAAAAAGUGUACAUCCGAUGCCGAUUGCAUAAGCACACGGAAGCGAUGUCUAUGUGAUGGACUUUGUGGAUGGAGUUGUGUACGUCCAGAUUUAAAUUGUGAUGAAGUGCCACUCAUUGAAAACGGUCAAUUCAAAGUAUCUGGUAAUCAUUUUGAUGCUCGAGUGGCAUAUACCUGUUCAGAGGGCUACUUCAUGUCCGGUCCGAGGGAAAGGGUAUGUCAGGGUGAUGGUUCAUGGAGCGAUACACCACCAGUGUGUCGGAAAGAGGCCAAAUGCCGAUCACCUUUAGCUAUUCCUCACGCUCGUCACAACGCAGCUUUAGACCAAACCGAAUUCCCGAUUGACGAUAUGGUUCAAUAUUCUUGUUUCCCUGGCUACGAUUCUGAGGGGUUUACCAAUGCCAAGUGUCUCUAUUAUAACGGUACCGCUCAGUGGUUGGGACCUGAUCUAAAGUGUAUUCCUAAAAGUUGUGGUCAUCCAGGGGAUAUCGAAAAUGGUUCUAAAGAGGGUUACAUGAACACCUUCACCUCAAAAGUUACUUAUUCCUGUGAUCAGGGUUACCUGAUCAAGGGUCGAUCUUCCCGUUAUUGUCAAUCAAAUGGACAGUGGUCAGGAAUCGCACCAACAUGUAUACCUGUUCGAUGUGAGAAACCUGUUGAUCCUGAAAAUGGAAGAGCAAAUUAUACAUCAACUAAUUAUAAGUCAACGGUCACUUAUGAUUGUCGCUACGGGUACUCAUUAGUUGGACUUGUGAGUCGAACCUGUGGUUCAGAUAAACAAUGGGAAGGAGAGACACCCAAAUGUAUUGAGAUUGAAUGUCAACUUCCUGGUUUUGACAGCGGCGGUGGAGGUGGAGGCGGAGGGUUGCCUAAUGGUUACAUUGAAGGUAGACGAACCUCAGUUGGCUCAAAGAUUUGGUUUAAAUGUUACGAAGACAUGGUCUUCAUUGGUCCAUCUGAAUCAGCAAAAUGCCAAGAAGAUGGCACCUGGUCACACCCUUUACCUGGUUGUUAUGCUCCUUGUUUGGUUCCUGAUAUAAUAAAUGGUCGUAUCAAUAACAUCGCCCCAGGGUCAAGGGUUCCUCAUGGUACCAUAAUCAAUGCAACAUGUAAACCACAAUAUGAACUUUCAUCAACCGCAUCACCUUUCCUGUGUAAUAAUGGCUCUUGGACUCAUAUACCCAAAUGUAUUCCAGCUCGAUGUAAAAGAUUACCUGAUCGACCUAAAAAUGGUAUUGUCAUUGCCCCCAAAACUGACCAUGGGUCAAAAGCUUUAUAUAAAUGUUCCGAUGGUUACAAUCUGAUUGGCUUUAAUACAACUCAAUGUAAUUUUGGUAAAUGGACAAAAGCAACACCAGUUUGUCAUGAAGCUGAUUGUAAGCCAAUUGAAAGUACACCUUGGAUGGAGGUGACCACUGUCCAAGGCUUCCAUGGUUCCCAUUCAGCCAAUGAAACUAAUCCUCAUGGUACAUUGAUUCAGGUUUCAUGUAGUUCAAAGUAUUCACUGAAUAUUGGCAAAAAUCGGACAGUCAAGUGUAUAAAAGGCCAAUGGAAACCUCGAACUCCUGUUUGUCUAUUAACACCAUGUUCAAUUCCAACCCUUGACAAUGGUCAAUAUUUUAUGGUCAAUUUAAAUUCAUCAUCAUCUCUACCACCGGGAUCAAAAGUUUCAUCGGGUGAAAAUAUAACAAUCAUCUGUAAUUCAGGUUAUCAGAUUAUUACAACACCUUCAUCACCUUUAUCCUCAUCACUUUCAACAGCAUCUUCAUCUAUACCUUCAUCUAUUAAUAUAUCUUGUUCAUCGGGUAACUGGCAAGUAGUUAACGGUACUUGGCCUGAAUGUUAUCCAUCAUCAUGUCGCUUACCUGAAAUUUUUCAUGGUCAAUAUUUGUCUGGCUAUCGGGCAGGAAAAACAGUUUCAUCUGGAUCUUUUGUCCAAUAUCAGUGUUUAUCACCUGAUUAUUCAAGGUCAACCCAUCGUCCAAUCCGUUGUAUUGAAGGUCAAUUUCGUCCUGAAGCUCCCGCUUGUAUUAAAUUAUCAACAAGUUCUCCCUCCUUAUCAUCUGAAAGUUUCAGUAAAACUAGACCAGAAAUGGACAGUUUUGCAAGAAGAGGUGAAGAAAAAGUUGCUGACACAAUUGAUGAAGAUGAAGAUGCAAGAGUUGUGGCAAUAAUUGAGGAAGAUGCUAAGGAAGAGAAAUACUUAGAUGGACUCAGUGAUAGUCUAAGGUCAUUUAAAUGGUGUCCACCUCCUCAAAAUUAUAAUUCAUUGCUCAAAUUUCCCGAUAAUCAAUUGAUAACCAUUGUGCCACCAACAACAUCCCCAUCACCUACAACAACAACACCAUCAUCUUCACAAUCAUCAAAAAGUUUCACAAGUGAUACUAUUGACUUUUCAUUAUCAUCAAUUGAUAGUUUCACUGAAUCAUUUAUCAACAGUGCCAAUGAAACAAUUAACUCUUUGUUCAAUAUUUCUCAAUCAUCAAAUGAAACACUGAAUGAAACUCAGGGUAUCAAUUACUAUGAACAAGGUUACUUACCACCGGGUUCAGAGGUUAUAUUUAAAUGUAUCCCACUUGCAGGUCCUGGAGUUAAUAAGCAGCGUACCUUUAGGAAAACCUCAUGGAAACUUAUCUGUGAUUCAAAUUCAGGCUCAUGGUUGGGUGUAAGUUUACCCUGUAUGGAUGAAAAUGAUGAUAACCUGAAUCUGGAUUCAUUGAUGAAUGCAAGUUGUACCUUUGAAUAUGGUAUAACCAUUGGUGACCAUGUACUUGCUUUCAUUGAAGAUACUCAGCCAAUUCAUGAGGCCGAUUAUCCCUCGGGCACUGUAAUCAAGUUGAGAUGCCUUGAUAUUGGUAAAUACAGUUUACAGGGUAGUUCAACAAGGAAAUGUGUCUAUGGUGAUUGGGAUGGAGUUAAGCCCGUUUGCUAUGGACUUUCACAGCAACAUGAUUAUGCACUUGAAAAACCUCCGACAAUUUUAUUCCGUCAUCUGUCCGGUCCAAUUGCUCAAAGUAAUGAUGGUCACCUAAUUGUUCAUCCUGGAACAAUAUUACAUCUUGAGUGUCUUUGGAUUCGUAAAUUUGGUACACCCGUUUGGGAGGUUGACCAUGGUCAUCGAGCUUACCCUCAAGGAUGGACAACUGACCCCGCUCGUGAUUCGACCCUUGAAUAUCGUCUGUCCAUCUAUCAUGCCGAUGAAACAGACUCAGGUACUUAUACCUGUGUUACUCCAGUUAAACACCGACAUUCAGUUACAAUCAUAGUUAAAGCAAUUUUUUGUCCUGAACUUCAAUUACCUGAUGGAAUUCAAAUUAACACUAAUGAAAUCAAAAUGAAUACCAAAGUUAUCUUUAAUUGUGCCAACAAUCAUCUAAUGAAAUUAAAUGGAAGGGAUCAAACUAUUUGUUUACCUUCUGGACGUUGGUCAAAUCCAGUUCCAAUUUGUGUCCAUAAUUAACUCUAAAUUGAAUCAAUAAUAAUCAUAAUGUAAAUUAUCUAACCAUUUGUUCAAUGUCAUUGAUGUAAUUGUCACGAAAUUUUGACCUUCAUUUUUUCUGGAAAUAAAAAUUAAUUCUUC